AUGUCCACAACCUAUCACGUUCUCAUUCCCACAAAUGCUUGCAUUCGCGGCAGUAAGUUUAAAAGCGUGUCUAUGCCCGGAGAUGCUUCGGACAUUGAGUCUCUCUCUUCUUGGAGUUCUUCAAGGCUUAUAAAAGAUUCACGCUUCCUAUUAUAUUAUAGAGCUAAAAAGUACAAAACAUCAGAUAACAUUACUUCAGUACGGCUUUACCCAAAUAUCAAAGCAACUAAGGGAGUAUCUACAUUAGAGACCCUCUUUUCAGAUAAUGACACUAAGCAAUCUCAGGGAGUCCGUGGACUAAUGGACCUUGAUCCCAUUGAUAAGAUGGCAUAUAUCUACAAGCUUUGUAAGCAGAUCCUUGAAGCCCUCAAGGAGCUGUACAAAGUGCUAACGACACUUCGUAAGAAAGAUCCCGAUAUUCCGUAUAGUCAUGGGCUCCUCACUCCUUCGUCCAUUUACCGGUAUCCUAAUGGUCAGCUAAAAUUAACCUUUUAUGGAUUGAGAACAGAUUCUCAAUCUGAUAAUAUUUACUGUGACCUGCAGUCUCUGGCUUCCAUAUACUCUAAACUCUGCACCAAACUACUCGUCGAGCCGGAUCCGUCCUUUAAUGCUACGGUUGAAAAGCUCCGAUCAUCGGAUAGAGUGUGCCAGCUGAAAACGAUGCUUGAUUUUGUAGAAGCACGGUUAUCAAAGCUUUCGGGUUCUUCUGGUAUUGUCGGGCAUUUGAUACCGCCGUCUGAUAUUGAGAGCUCCAUAAAGGAUGGGGCCAACGAGCUGGCACUACCAAGUAGUAUCGAGGUCGACGAGCUUGAGAAAUCCAGUACCACAGGCAUCUCUGCGUCUGCACGGUCGCUGCAUUCCAUCUCUGACUCUGCCUCCACUCUGUGUCCGUCUGGAGAAACAACCACAAUGCUUCUAGAAAGCGGAAUCUUGAUGCCUGCAAAGUGUCUUGACCAGAUACAUCAGCACUACUCCUACCCAGCAGGACAGACCAACCCCGAGGGUCUUUGCUCUAUAGAUGACGGUUACACGAUGACUAUCCUGCUAACUGCUCUGCAAGACAUACAGAUGGUGUGUCCAUAUCUUACGUACUUCUCUAUUCUGUCUUCAAAGCAUCCCAUUCAGGAGAUGAAGAAGAGCAUAUCUGAAGGGAAUGUCCUGCAAAUCUUCACAAUGGACAAUGUAUUUGAGAUGCUCAGGGACUUAUCCCAAUCAACGCCAAUUAUGCACGAAACCUUGGCGAGGCAAGAGAUAGUCCUCCAGAUUCUCAAAAUAGCGUUUACUGGAGCAAGCCAGAGCGAAGAGUAUGGCAGCAUGGAUGACGCUAAAAGAGCCCUACUCCAUGCCAACAUGCCCCGCUUCAUAAAGUUCAUGAUACAGGACGUGAAUCUACACCCCUAUAUCAUGGUGACAGAUCCAAACCUUAAGUCAAGAGAGGUCAUGGAGAAAGAAAUAUGGGGCCUCAUUGAUAAGGGUGUUGAGUGCUACCUGAGCCUGAUAGCAGGUCGAGGAUGGCUUUGCAAUGAGGCAGAGAAGGGCGACACCACAUCCCCUAAGCAGUCAACUGAGAUUGCCAAUUCAUGCAUCACUUGCCUCAAAUCAUAUCUGCAUGUAGCCAUUAUAUCCUAUUCAGAAUCUUUUACUGAUCAGAUAGAUACCAGCGAGGCGUGCAUGUCCAUUGCCCUUAAGUGCGUAAAGCUAUCUAUCUUUGAAACAACUUUCUUGAUGUACUUUCACAGCAAAAGAUGCUCUCAUGUUCUAGCGAAUAACAUGGUUGCUGCACUUAUCAAAAAGGAUGCCUCUCAGUCUUCCACCUGCUCUGCUAUAGAAUGCUCUUGUAUAUGUGGGCUCUUAGUAGUCUACUUGACAAGCAAGGGGACUAAGUACUUGAGCAGCACCCUCAUAAAUGAACUAUUAUUCAUCAUUACCGGCUGUUUAGAAACAUCCAUAGCUGAUGCUUCCUCAGAAGAAUAUCAAAAGAUACCGCUAAUAGCUAAGGUCCUGAUUAACUACUAUGUGCUGUACCUCUCGCAGUGUGCGAUAGAGCUGAUUAAAGAAUCUACGGGCGUUGAAGAAAACAUUAAACGCUGCUUCGUUUGCCUAAACGUAUUUGUCAGCAAAUUGCACAAGGUGCUUGUGUCUUCUAGCCAACAAACAUCUAAUCAGACACAUGGGGGCCCUGACCGAUAUUACCUUUUAGUCUAUAUCGCACUGGACUGCUUGGCCAAGCUUUUCCGUUGUAUUGGGGGAAUCGAGCGCUUGAUGGUCAGGUGGCUGGAAAAUAUCUACAUAGGAGACGAGUAUGCGCAGGUUUACCGACCUAUAUGUUCCAGAGAAGAGCCUCUGUUCCUCAGUUAUAGUGAUCUUCCAUCUACGGCAGCCCAAGGGAUAGGAGGCCCGGCUAUUUGGCAGAUGGAAAACUGCCGGCAGAAUAAGAAAAAGCUCCUAGUUAUCUAUCGCGGCACAGUAGACAUGCUUACUCCACAGCUUGCAGAGCUUCUGAAGUCAGUCUCGCGAUAUCCUGCUCUAUCCAAUUCGUCAAUUGUUCAUGUGAGGAUAACGGUUAUACAAAAUGUAAUCAUAGAGGCGCUAUACACCGUUAUGCAGCACGACUCCAAAACGUCAACACAGCAGUAUAUGAAGCCUAUGGCUGCCCUGGGCCUAAGAGGUAGACUGGAAGCUUUGCUUUGCAACAGUACCAGAGACAUUCAGUCACUCCGAGACAGCGAAAGUAAGGAAGAAAGAGGUUUGGUGGGCAAAUCAUCAAAUGCUACCAGUGCUGUACGCGAUAUCUACACUCACAGCACAGUUCGUAGAAUUGUGGACCUUCAUCUGGGGAUAAACGAGACUCAGACUUUUUACAUCCGACACCUGAUGUGCGAGAACAAUAUCUCUAGAGACGACUUUGUAUUUGAUGUCGGCAACAUUACUCGCUGGAAUAAAAACGUCUAUCUGAAGGCGGCUGAGUCUCUGCAAACUAAUAGAAGCUUUGCUACGUUCUUAAAAGUCUUCGAUAUCACACCUAAUAUGGUUUUCAGUGUAAUGGCAGCAGAUACCUUUUAUAGAAAUACUCCAAUUGAACUUCUAAAGAGUGACAAUGAUGCAACGGUAGAUUUUCGUGACAUGCCUGUGUAA